GGGACUUUCUAAAUAUGCAUGCACAUUUAUGAGACACCAUUCAUAAACUUCAGCAAAAAGUGCAAUUUUUUUUAUUUUUUUUAAAUUCUAACACAUUUCUGCGAUAUUUACUUCAACAAUGACUUCAUUGUUUGUCAUUGUUUUAAUUAACCCCUGGGGCAUUCGGAUCUUGGUGAACCUGCAGAGACUGUUGCACUUUACACACACCCCCCCUCCCCAUCAGCGACACGGUCCACAGUCAGAACCAGCUGGUUCGCUUUGGUGUUGUUUCACUUGAUCCACUUUGGACCACAGCAAGACCACACUGAACUGAAGACAUGGCCGGAGUCGCACCAUAAGUUAAUUCGGAGACUAGCAAGCGCCUGUGUGCGCAUGCGUCACGUGGCGCUACGUCACUUACGUAGACUAAUGAGUGUGCGUCAUGGCAGCACGUUGUCAAGUAGGCUAACUCCAAUUUAUUUAUUCGAAAACCUGAUGCGGCCCAGUCUCACCCAGACCCUAGCUCCAGUGGCCCCCAACUUUAGCUCCAUUGAAGUCUCACGUUGGAUGAUCACUGAUCCAUAAGCAGCUUGAAGGACCCUCGGCACCGUGACAUGCUCCGACGAGCCAGCCACACAUUGGCCCGGAAGAAGUUAAUAAUUAAACUCAGUCCGACACAUGUUGCUUUUUCAAAAAACGUUUUCCGCAGAUAUGGGAAGCGUACAGAUCGGAGAGGACGGGCGCAGAAAUGAAGCCAAAAAUCCAGACGGCGGCUGGGGUUGGGUGCUGGUGGGCGCCCUCUUCGUGAGCACCAGCCUGGUGUUUGGGCUCAUGCGAGGCCUGGGCAUCUUCUUUGUUGAGUUUGUGCAGUACUUUGAUGAGAGCGCUCAGGCCAUCUCUUGGAUCGCGUCUACCGGCUUAGCGGCGCAGCAGUUCUUCAGCCCGCUGGGCGCUGCGUUGUCCAACGCUUACGACACUCGUGUCGUGGUGAUGACGGGCGGCUGCCUUGCUGGACUCGGGCUCAUACUGGCAUCGCAUGCUACCUGUCUCGUCCAUCUUUACCUCACUAUGGGCGUCAUUUCAGGGUUGGGGUGGGGAUUGGUCUUCACCCCCAUGGUGGCGACGGUCAUGGCCAGCUUCACUCAGCGGCGUUCCCUGGCUUUGGGACUGGCGUUUUCCAGUAUAGGCCUAGCUUCUUUUACUUUCAAUCCACUUUUCCAGCUCCUGGUGGAGAGGUAUGCAUGGCGUGGGGCUCUGCUCAUUCUGGGGGGGUUGAGCCUCAACAUUGUGCCCUGCGGGGCGCUUAUUCCCUCAAGGAGGCGGUCUAAAGAGACAGAAAAGACGUCUUCAGAGAGAACGUCAUCAGGUGUCGGCGUGUUCCAUCGAGUCUCGUCUUACCUGGAGUUGUCUCUCCUGUGCGAGCGUCCUUACAUGACCUACACCAUGGCCAUCUCGCUCCUCAACAUGGGCUACUUUGUUCCCUACGUGCAUCUGGUGGCCCACAGCCGAAACGCCGGCUUCUCCGAGUACCAAUCCGCCUUCGUCAUGUCCGCAGCCGGUGCUACCGACAUCUUUGGCCGCGUGGCCUCGGGCUGGUUCUCCGACCUGGGCCACUUCCGCCUCAUACACCUGCUGAGCGUGUGGACAGCACUGGCCGGGCUGUUCAUCAUGCUGCUACCCGUGAGCACCCUAUGGGGGUCCUACACCGCCCUGGUGGCCAUCAGUCUUCUCUACGGAUUCUGCUCAGGGGCACUGACCUCGCUGGCCUUCACUGUGGUGCCCAUGGUGGCCGGCGUGGAGCGUAUGAUGGGGGCGCUCGGCCUGCUGCAGCUUAUUGAGAGCUGCGCUGGACUGCUGGGAUCUCCUCUGUCAGGGUUGCUCAAGGACAUCACAGGCGACUAUAUGGCUUCCUUUCUGGUGUCGGGCUCCUUCCUCAUCCUCAGUACCUUGACCAUGGCCACCCUGCCGCAUUACUUUUCCUGCACGGAUCCGCCUCCUAUGCAACGACCUCGCCAGAAGGACAAAUGUGAGGGUCUUGGCUCGGAGACAGAGCAGAUGAAUAAGACGCCUUGUGAGGUGAAUCACUGAGAUGUGUCAAAUGACGCCUUUUUUUUGUCAUUGUGUUGCCCACUCCACAUGGUGGUGAUUCAUACUCUUUGAUUGACACGCGUCAAGCUUGUUAAGCUUAAAUCGAAUUUGCACAUUGUAGGUGAAAUGGGAGUGGUGAUUUAAUAUUUAAUAAGUUCUUGUUGGAUGUAGCACACAUGCUACUUUCCAAGUGGUGUGAAGAUGACGCACAGAUGACCUUUUAUUCACGCUAUUGUGUAAGAAGGACGUUGGACGCUUGAUAACGAAAUAGCGCACGGAGCUGCUGUGUCAUUUGUUGGGACACCGAAAAUAAUCAGAACGAUCUGCUUUUAGUUUGGUAGAACCUCACACACUCAGGAACACAAAACCGCUGCAAAUAACUGUCCACUUUUGUAACUCAUUAAUCAAGACUGCUGGUUACUUGAUACGUUCUUCGGCAACUUGGCAACUAUUAUCCCUUUUCCACCAACAUUCCGAGGACUAAAAAGACUUUAAAUGUAAGUAUUAAAUAAGUCUCGGUAAUAUGUGUGGUCAAAGUUCCUGAAAAUGUAUCAGAUCAGGCGUGGGAUUGCUACUAGGAACUUUUCUCGGGAGAGUUCGGCAGCUUUUUUCAAAUCCCAAAUUAAUGAGAAAAGUUCCUUUGGUGGAAAAAGGCUUUGAAGUUAAUGUUAAAUGGGGUAAUACCCAAUGUGAUUCAAGUCUUAUAUUCAAUAUGAAAUCUGAUGUUUUGUACGUCCUAUUGAUUAAA